AUGUUCACUUUAGAGAGCGGUCGCUCGCAGGAAUCACUGCCAUUGUGGAUUCGUCUCAUUAUUCACAUGCUUCGUAUAUGGCUUUACGUGUAUGACUGUCUAAGCAAUGUAUUGUAUGGGUUGUUCAGUCCACCUAUUGCCAGGUUAGAGCGAAGUGAACGGAUUAAGGCAAGACCAAUGAAGAAUGCAGGUAGUCCAUGGUGCAAUGUAGACGGUCCUGUAAGAGAGGAUUUUCCGGGGAAAGAUACGGUUGAUAAAUUGUUUACGCAUGCAGCGAAAUUAUAUGGUGACAAAGCAGCCUUGGGUACUCGCGAACUGUUGGAAGUAUACGAGGAAGAGCAACCUGAUGGACGUGUAUUUGAAAAGUGGGUAAUGGGUAAAUAUAAAUGGGAAAGUUAUACCGAAAUCCAUGACAAAAUUGGUCGGAUUGCUUCAGGUCUAAAAAAUAUUGUGCGGAAUGAUUGCCGGGCGGUUAUUUUUGCGGAAACUCGAGCUGAUUGGCUUAUUACUGUAUUAUCACUUUUCCGCAUUAACGUACCAGUUGCUACAGUUUAUGCAACACUAGGAGAGAAGGCAAUAAUUCAAGCAAUGAAUGAAACGGAGGCCACACUACUGGUGACAUCUGCUGAAUUGUUGACAAAAAUUUCAAGAGUAAGAAAGAAAAUACCAAAGUUGCGUUGGUUAGUGUAUUUCCGCCCCUUGCAACCUGUGAAGAAAAUUAGCAACAUGGAUAUCAUCAAGGAACAAUUCGAAAAUGUUGUUUCAUUGGAUGAAUUGAAAACAUAUGAAAAUAAAGCUCCAGAGGUUUCACCAGCUAAGAGAGACGAUACAGCCAUGAUAAUGUAUACCAGUGGUAGUACUGGAACUGCUAAGGGAGUCAUCAUCACGCAUUAUAACAUGGUAUCAUCGGUAGCUGGGCUGGGAGCUGGCAUAAGUAUCAUCCGCGACACCGACACAUACAUAGGAUAUCUUCCGCUGGCACAUAUUUUGGAGGUGACAGCGGAAUUGACAUGUCUGAUUCGAGGUUGUCGUAUCGGUUAUUCGAAUCCAUCUACACUUCAAGAUCGCGGCGCUAAAAUUAAACCAGGUACAUAUGGAGACUGCUGGGCGCUAAAGCCGACACUUAUGGCAAUAGUACCGACCAUAGUGGAUAGAAUAUUUAAAGCUGUAACUGAUGAGAUUUUAUCAAGUCCUCCUGUAGUACGAGAAGUUUUCCGGUUAGCUUACGAACGGAAGCGAACUCGUUAUCAGCAAGGAUAUUACAGUUCAUUCUUGGAUAGAACUGUAUUCAAAAGGACUCGGUGUCUUCUGGGUGGUAAACUCAGGGGUAUACUAAGUGGUGGAGCAGCAUUAAAUCCAGAAAUUCAAUGUUUUAUGAAUAUUUGCAUGUGUUGUCCGGUAAUACAAGGGUACGGAUUGACUGAGACAUGUGCAGCAGUCUCAAUUGCCGACGUAAACGAUCUAUCAACAGGAAGUGUUGGUCCACCUGUUCGAUGCUCACAAAUACUUCUUCGAGAAUGGAGUGAAGGUGAGUAUACACCUCUUAAUGAUCCACCUCGAGGAGAGAUACUUGUUUCUGGUUCAAAUGUAUCACCUGGUUAUUGGAAAGAGCCGGAGAAAACAGCUGAAGACUUCGUUAUUAUUAAUGGCACACGAUAUUUUGCCACUGGCGACAUUGGCGAAUUUCGCAAGGACGGCUCGUUGUGUAUUAUUGAUCGAAAAAAAGACUUAAUAAAAAUGCAAAAUGGCGAAUACAUAUCGUUGGCUAAAAUCGAAACAACACUGUUAAGUUGUCCGUUGAUUGAUAAUAUUUGCUGUUACGGCGGUCAGUUAUCACCGUAUCUGAUAGCUCUUAUCGUACCUAACAGGAAGCAUCUGGAAGGCAUUGCUGUUGAGCUUCAUUUGCAUUCAGUCAAUUGGAGUGAAUUAUGUCGAAACACUAAAAUUGUGAAAGAAUAUCAGAAACGACUGGAAGAGUUUGCUGUAAAAAGUAACCAUUUGCUGAAAAAUGAACUGCCAAGAAAGAUUUAUCUAUGCGAUGAGACAUGGACAGCUGAGAGUGGUCUCUUGACCGAAGCACUAAAAUUAAAACGUCGUCGAAUCAAAGAAAAGUACGAGAAAGUUAUAGCAGAUCUCUAUCACGAUGAUUCCUCAUAA